CGAUGACAAUAAAGAUGACCUCAACAUGGAGGAGGAAAGAGUUCAAUGCAUCUUCAAGUCAGAAAGCGGUGAGACUGUAGGAUCUGACUUUGAACUUCCAAUGGGCAUUACCAGGGAUAACCUACAGCUCAUCUUUGAUGCAGUUAUUGAGAAUGAAGAAAAAGUUCCUUAUGCUUUCUUCGUCAAUGGUGUUGAGAUUCGGGACACACUGUUGAAGUCUCUCGACAUAAAAGAUUGUUCAAAGAGAGAAGUUGCACUGGAGAUUGUCUACCAGCCACAAGCAGUAUUCAAAGUCAGAGCCGUGACCAGAUGUACCAGUACGUUAGAGGGUCAUGCAGAUGCUGUGUUGUUUGUUGCUUUCAGUCCUAACGGCAGAUACCUGGCCAGUGGUUCGGGGGACACAUAUGUCAGAUUUUGGGAUGUAAACACAGAGACACCAGAGUUCAAAUGUAAAGGUCAUCAGCACUGGGUACUUUGUCUAGCAUGGUCGCCUGAUGGGAGAAAACUAGCGUCUGGAUGUAAAGGGGGCAAGGUUUGUCUGUGGAACCCAUCAACAGGGAAACAGAUCUCACGACCUUUGACCGGGCACACAGAUUACAUAUCCACGCUAGCGUGGAAACCAUUACAUCUUGAUCCAGAGUGCCGUUACCUUGCCACUUCCUCAAAAGACCUGACAGUGAGGAUUUGGGAUGUGAUAACUUUCAGAACACACCUGAUCAUAUCUGGGCACAGAGCACAUAUAUCAUAUGUGAAGUGGGGUGGCAGUGAUCUUCUGUACACCGCAUCACACGAUACGACCAUCAAAGUCUGGCGAGCCACUGACGGCGUGUUUUGUCGUAACCUUGAGGGUCAUGGUCACUGGGUCAAUACCUUGGCACUAAGCACAGAUUACGUCAUGAGAACGGGUGCCUUUGAUCCAGUAGACGCCAAGAUUGUCCACGAAGAAGUCACAGACUCGG